AUGCCCCCUCGAGACGAUGGCUCUUUGGCCAUCGAUCUCGGUAUGUUCGGGCUUGGAUCGCCAGCACCAAUUUUGGGCAUGGUCGAUGAUUGGACCAACUAUGGGUCGGAUCGGGUUGGAAUAGCAGCUGGUUGGUACAACGAUAGGGAUGACACUAUAAUAAGCAGAUCAGAGAAUGUAGGAGGUGGUGACAAAUACAAAGAUGGUGUUAACAUGCUUCCUACUAGUGGCAACUCUUGUAGCUUCAGUAACGUUUGCUGCAGGUAUUGCCGGACCAGAAGGAUUUAA